AUGAGGGUGAUAUUCCUUUUUGCUGUUAUCGCUUUAGCUGCUGCAGCACCUCAGCAGCCUGACAAAGUCAUUGCUAUUCUUAAACAGGAUUUUGAUCAACAGCCCGAUGGGUCUUACGUUUACAGUUAUGAAACUGAGAAUGGUAUUAAAGCAGAAGAAACCGGAACUUUGAAAAAGGCUACUGGUCCGGAUAGCAGCGACGUAAUUGUAGCCCAAGGAGGCUUUAGCUAUACAGCUCCCGAUGGCACAGUUAUCAAUCUUAAUUACAUUGCUGAUGACGAGAACGGUUUCAAGCCUCAGGGUGACCAUUUGCCAACUCCACCUCCGAUCCCUCCGGCAAUUCAGAAAGCUCUCGACUAUUUGGCGACACUUCCACCACCACCACCUGGAAGAGCCUGA